AUGUCCAUUGGCGAAAUCAUUUUCCAGGAGAUGGUUCGACAUCCCAAGGACAUAGCACAAAUUUCGGAGCCUGAAGGCACAGUUCUUUUAAGAGAGGAUCUGUUGGAAAAUUCUAUGCGCAUUGCUACCUUCAUGCGAAACUUGGAGCUCACUCAGUCUGACUUUGUUGGCAUUGUGGCGGGAAAUUCAGUUCAUAUUUCGGCAGUGGCCUAUGCGUGUCUCUUCAAUGGCUUCGCUUUAAAUGCAAUAAACCCCGCCUAUAUAGCGGACAUUAUAGAGAGUCUCUACCAGAUCACCCAGCCUCGACUUAUCUUUUGUGAUGGCGAUGUAUACGACAAGGUCAAGGCUGCCACUUCGAAGUUAAACGUUAAGUUAGUGAGCAUGCGGAAUCAUCCAGAGGGUGUUAUUACUAUCCAAGAGGUGUUGCAGACUAAGGUUCAAGGGGAGUUCAAGCCCAAUCCCCUAAAAGACAAAAACCCACCCAUGGCCAUUCUCAGUACUUCAGGCACCACCGGCACACCCAAGGCCGUCGUGCUAACGAAUAAUAUAAAGGUUUUGAGUGGCUUUACAUACCUCACAACCUGUGACGUUCAGUACACAGCAAGUAGCCUCGAUUGGGCAUCGGGUUUGUGGGCCACGAUUACCGAAGCUGUCUAUAGUACAAAGCGUAUCAUAUCUGAAAAACCUCUGGAUCCCACAGAGACCCUAAAAUUAUUCGAAAAACACCAGGUGACAUGGUUUAUCCAAUCGCCGGCCCAAGCAGCGGCCAUUGUGAGUUGUCCCUACUUUGAGGAGGCAAAUCUGCAGAGUCUGCGCUAUUACCUCGUAGGAGGCGGACGCUGUACCAAGGAAGUUUUUAAGAAGCUUCAAAGAAAACUCAACAGGAACUGUAUAAACUUUGCGUAUGGCUCUUCAGAGCUGGGAUCCAUUGGCAGCAUUAAUUGGCAUUUCGAUGAGAAGCCCAAUUCGGUGGGUCGUCCCUGUCCUGGCUACAAGUUCAAGAUUAUCAAUGGCGAAGGUGAGAAUCUGGGACCCAAUGAGGAGGGCGAGGUUUGCAUCAACAAGGGAUGCCAUUGGCCGGGCUAUUAUGGCAAUCCGGAGGCCACGGCCUUGGCGUACAAAGACAACUGGUUGCACAGCGGUGACUUGGGGUAUGUCGAUGACGAUGGUUUUGUGUAUAUCGUGGAGCGAAAGAAGGACCUUUUAAAGUACCAAAGCAACAAGUAUUAUCCGCACGAACUGGAGGAACUGAUCUCCAGAAUGCCCGGCGUGGUGGAGGCGUGUGCUUUUGGAAUUUGGAAUGUGGAAAACGGAGACGAGGCAGCAGCCUGCAUCUUGAGAAAACCAGAUGUUCAGUUGACUGAGCAGGAGGUGAUUGAUUAUGUGGCUCAACAUGCGAUUACCCAGUACCUGAGACUGCAUGACGGCUGCCUGAUUGUGGACUCCCUGAAGCGAAGUCCCAAUGGGAAAACUAAUCGUGCGGCCAACAAGGAACACUAUAUUAAAGUAAAAGGAAUUAAAAUUGUAACAUAA